AUGAUUUUUUGGUUGGGCGGAAUGGGGGUUUGGGCGUCCGACGCCAGUCCUCCAUCCGAUCCGAACAACUACCCGACCCAUCUCCACCGACAGCCCAUGGACACAAUUGCUGAGGCUGCAGCAGCAGUUGCAGACGAGGCUCUCGAGGAUAGUGUAAAAAGUGAUGGCGCAAUGGCGACCGACGAAGCAACAGCUCUCUUGGGUUUGACAAAAAAUGUCCGAGAUCAAGAUGAUCUAGAGCGAGACAUCACGAACCAAGCGAAUAUGGUUAUGAUUGAACAAGAAGAUGAGCGAGAUCAGAAGCGAAUUGAUAAGGUAACGGUCACUAUCGACAAGCUUGAAAACCAAAAGCGGACCCAGAGACAUCGACUGGAUACCCUCACAAACAAUCCUCUAAUGCGCAAGCGAUGCUUGGACGAGAUUCAACGAAUCGAUGCAGAUAUUGCAGCCUUAAAGCGAGACAUCACCGAUAUUCAAAGCCGAAUAGAUGAAAGACAUCAAUACGAUGGAGCGGAGAAUGGGGAGGGUGACGGUCCUGGUGGCAAUAAGAGAAUGCCGAAUGAAAGCCAACGAGACUUCCUGAUUCGUACCGGCAAAAUUACUCCAUUUUCUCGAAUGCCUGGCAGAGGAGCUGACGGACUGAAUGGCGAUCUUAUAGAAGUACUUAUGGAUGCUGAGGAAGAGGCGGAGCAGGAAGGAGAGCAAAUUACAGAUGAGGCGGAACCCAGAUCUCACCAAAACCUGCGGUUACCAGGCUUUGCAGAUAUAUCGGAGAGCGGAAUCAGCACAUCAGAGAGUGAAUUCUCCUUGCGUCCUCGGAAGAAGAGAAAAUUAGAAGGUGCUUCUUCCUCCUCAACUUCAAGAUUUCAAACUCCUGAUGAGGACGCCUUCACUCCUGUGCUUAGCGAGGAAGAAGUUGAUGAAUUUGAAGACCAGGAUGAUGAGUUGAUGACUUCUAAAACGUCAAAGAAGAGAGCCGCAGGAAAUACAAAAGUUGAGGAGAAGAUUGACCUGACCGGCAUUGAUGAUGGCAAUGAGCAAAUGUACCAGACCCGACUAAAGAGAUGGGUUGAGAAGAGAAGCGCAGCUCGGCGCCGCAAAUUGGAGCAAAAUGAAGCGACCGAGGAAGAGCAUGCUGCGGAAAAUGCGGAUGAAGAGGAAUGGUUCAAACCUUGUCCUGAUGCACCAGAUCACCAAUUUGAUAACGACAUCAAGCUUCCUGGAGACAUCUAUCCAGCAUUGUUCGACUACCAAAAGACAGGAGUUCAGUGGCUUGGUGAGCUUUAUUCUCAGCAGGUUGGUGGCAUUGUUGGUGAUGAAAUGGGACUUGGAAAGACCAUUCAAAUCAUCUCAUUCUUGGCCGGUCUGCACUACAGUAAAAAGCUCACUAAGCCUAUUAUUGUUGUGGCUCCAGCUACCGUUCUCCGACAGUGGGUCAACGAGUUUCAUCGAUGGUGGCCACCUCUGCGAGUCUCGAUUCUCCACAGUUCAGGCAGCGGCAUGAUGAACCUUGGCAGCGAAGGUCGAAUGGAAGAAGUUGAAGACAUGUAUGGUUUCGUUGAGAGGAAGUCAAAAUCGUCAUCGAAAGCAGCCAAGAAGAUUGUUGAUAGGGUUGUGCAACAUGGGCAUGUGCUAGUCACAACUUAUGCUGGUCUUCAGACCUACUCAGACGCGCUCAUUCCAGUUGAUUGGGACUAUGCUGUACUCGAUGAAGGCCACAAGAUUCGAAAUCCUAACACAGCUAUCACCAUCUACUGCAAGGAGUUGCGAACCGCCAACCGAGUCAUUCUCUCUGGAACCCCUAUGCAGAACAACCUGAUUGAGCUUUGGUCAUUGUUCGACUUCGUUUUCCCUAUGCGACUCGGCACUUUGGUCAAUUUCCGACAAUCAUUUGAGGUCCCUAUCAAACUGGGUGGUUAUGCGAAUGCAACCAAUUUGCAGGUCCUGACUGCGACCAAGUGCGCAGAGACGCUGAAAGCCGCCAUCAGUCCGUAUCUGCUGCAGCGUCUGAAGGUCGACGUUGCUGCAGACUUGCCAAAGAAGAGCGAGCAGGUGUUGUUCUGCAAGCUCACCAAGCCUCAGAGAGAUGCUUAUGAGAUGUUCUUGGCCUCUGACGAGAUGACUUCAAUUAUGAAUCACACUCGGCAGUCUCUGUACGGUAUUGAUGUUCUGCGCAAAAUUUGCAAUCACCCAGAUCUGUUAGAUCCUCUACUUCGAGGCAAGCCUGGCUACAAGUGGGGGAGUCCGAAUAAGUCAGGAAAGAUGCAAGUUGUGAAGGCCCUGCUGGAAAUGUGGAAGCGAUUCGGGCACAAAACCUUGCUUUUCUCUCAAGGAGUUCAGAUGCUCAACAUCAUUGAAGGCUUCAUCAAAAGCCUCGACGGAUUCAACUAUCUUCGUAUGGAUGGUGGGACGAACAUCAAGGACAGACAGAACCUGGUUGAUCGCUUCAACAAUGAUCCUGAUCUUCACGUAUUCUUGCUGACCACCAAGGUUGGAGGUCUUGGUGUCAAUCUCACUGGUGCCAAUCGCGUCAUCAUUUUCGAUCCAGAUUGGAAUCCUUCAACUGAUGUUCAAGCGCGGGAACGUGCGUGGCGUCUUGGUCAGAAGAAGGAAGUCACUAUCUAUCGACUGAUGACUGCGGGCACUAUCGAAGAGAAGAUAUAUCAUCGUCAGAUCUUCAAGCAGUUCUUGACGAACAAGAUCCUGAAAGACCCAAAGCAGCGCCAAACCUUCCAAAUGAAGGAUCUGUACGACCUUUUCACUCUUGGUGGUAGCGAAGACGGCACUACGGAAACUGGUGAAAUGUUUAAGGGCACGGAAGUGCAAUUCAACAAGACACCUAAACCUGCUGCUCUCAAAGACGACAUCGCAGUCAGAACAGCCGGCUCGGCAGCUGGUGUCCAUGACGAUGUUGUUUCUCAAGAUAUCACUCAAGCCGACUCUCCACAAGGCGACGCAGACACCGAAGUCCGCAAUCUCACCGGCGUAGCAAGUCUCGAAACUUUCCGCGGCGACCCAGCCGAGGAGAAACCCGCUUCGGAUGAGGCCCGUCUCGUGGAAGGCAUCUUCGCCUGCUCCGGUGUCCACAGCGCUCUCGAGCACGACGAAAUUAUUAACGGCAAGAAAAAAAUCACCGCAGACCGCGGCAUUCUCGAACGAGAAGCCAAGAAGAUCGCCGCAGAAGCAGCAGCUGAGCUACGCAAAGCAGGCGAGGCCGCGCGAACUCUCGAGCCCGGAACCGUGACUUGGACUGGCGAAUUCGGCUCCGCUGGACGCCCUAUUAACAUUCGUCGUGGUGCAGGACCGAGCUCUGCUGGUAUCCUAUCCAAUCUCGCCAAUCGUCAGGGCAUCUCAACUCCUGCGAGUGCUAGUUCCUCGAGGUCGGGUACACCUGGUUCUGCGGAUAGAACUCCUCGAGGCAAGGACUUCAUGAAGCUGAUUAGGGAUUUCAUUAAGCGGCAGGGUGGCUCAGUUCCUAGCCAAGCAUUGGUCAAUCAUUUUGAUCGUAUGUGCAAGAGUCCGCAGCAGACGGCUGAGUUUAAGCAUAUGCUUGGUGAGAUUGCUAGGCUUGAGAAGGGAGCGAAUUCGAGAAUGAGGGGACGAUGGGUCUUAAAGGACGAGUUUAAGUGAUCUUUGGGGGAAAGCGGGAGCUUAGUGGUUACAAUUGAUGCAUUUUCAUGGAGCAUGGUUUGGAGGCAUCUGCAAAGCGAAUGCAUUAGCGACGGCGUUAGGAGGGCCAUAUUGCACUGGCCAUUGAUCAGCAGCCUCUGCUGAUAACACAUUAAAAUCUGAAAUAAAAGACCUCAAAUCUAUCUCAACCUCCUUCUCGGC